CCGCGCCACCUUUUUAUUGAUAACCAUUUUAAUUCACCCCUGUGACUCCGAUCGUCGCCACCUUGACCCCUGAAACCCAAAGUCUUGUCGAUAGUCUCUGUUUCGCCGAUCAGUGUACAAAACUUUUGUUGGUCGAACAGAGAACCCAUCAUGGACACAGGUGACUGGAGAACUCAAUUUCCAUCUGAUUCACGCUCGAGAGUUGUCAAUAAAAUAAUGGAAACUCUGAUAAAGCAACUUCCAUUUAUUGGACCAGAGGGAAUUAACGAGCUCAGGAAAAUUGCUGUCAGAUUUGAGGACAAAAUAUUCAGCAAUGCUAUCAAUCAGGCUGAGUACCUUCGUCAAAUAUCCCUGAAGAUGCUGAGUAUGGAGACUAAAUCACAAAAUGCAGCUGGUUCUUCCUCAUCUGUCUUUGCCGCUGAUGACAACAGCCCUCCGUUGGUUCCAGAUGAUUUUUUUGGGUGUAUUCUUAUGGACAUUGACCAUUCAGAGCCUUCUCUUCCGAACAAUGAACCUGAUGUGAAUUCAAGUGACUGGAGAACUCAACAGCCACCGGAUUCACGCCAGAAGAAUAUCUACGCGUUAUUGGAAACACUAAAGAAAAAUGUUCCAUACUCUGGGAAAGAAGGAAUUGACGAGCUCAUGAGAAUUGCUGUCAGCUUCGAGGAGUUGAUUUUCAACACUGCUAUAAGCCAGGAGGAUUACCUUGGCAAAAUAUCCAUAAAGAUGCGGACUAUGUAAGAGGGCAACUAAGUCAUUAAGUGGCGUUCUAAGCGAUCAAUUGCGUUUGAAACUUUCAGGGCAAUUCCAUAUUUGUAUAAAGAACUCACCUUGAAAACCUUUUAAACCUGCAAUGUUUAAUGUAUAUAUAAUUAAUCAUGGCAAAGGUAUCCAUUGAUUUGAUUUAUGAAACACCAUUUCUCA